GUGUUAUUAAAUCGUACAACCGACUUAGUAUUAAUAAUUUUUAGCGUAUACAUUUACUUUCUCAGCCCGAGAUUAUUUUGGUUGCCAUGGCAGUUCAGACAACGUUCUCAAGUACAUAAGCGUGUCCCCUGAAUCAACCUUGAACGAUAGUUGUGUGCUGCGCAAUCGCCAGAUAAUUUGCUAUCGUCCACUCCCCUGCGCUCGCUUUGCAUAACACGAUAGGCUCAAAUGGGGAACUUAGCUCAUAUAUUUUUUUAAACCAUAUUUUGCCGACAAGAGAUGGAAAACCAGACGUUAGCAAUGUCGCUGCUACGUGCUAGCAGUAGGUUUGCACACAGCGCGACUGCUCGCAUUGUAGUGUACGAUAACGGAUUUCAAGAAAGCGUUUUCGCAAUACACGACGUGGACGAUGUCAUCAAGACGCUGAAAGUAAAGAUUGUGUCGCGACAGUCGCGGAACGCGCGAUUGCUGGUGCUCGCGUCGAGUAAGCACCGCGUAUACUCGUAGUGUACGCUAUCUAUACUUAAGGAAGUAAUCACAAAACAGAGGCGUACAAGUGGCUCUGAAAAGCAGAUGUUCCUGCGUUUUUCACAGAGCACAGAAAACCAGGUGGUUUGAUUUCGCUCAGAAGCUGCAGUGUGUACAAGAAUGGAUAAGGCAGCAUCAUUUCCUUUGCCUCUAAACUACAUCCAACAAGAGUACAGCAAUUAUGCUUCUUGGAUGGCAUGGCUUUCUCAGGAACAAGUGCUGGAACUGGGUUGUGGUCCUGGCCUGAUAAGCCGACAAGUGCUACAGCCCUUGUGCGAGGCCCAUUUUGGCCGCCUUCUCGCAGUUGACAGAGCUUCAGAGGCCAUUCUCUAUGCUCAGCAGCACUCUUACCACAGGGACAUCACAUACCGUCAUGUUCCUGAUCUCCACACCAGUGUGCCAGUAGAGCUGCAAGGGGCAUUCAGCAAGCUCUUCCACUAUGGUGGAGCUUUGCCAUGCAGUGAAGUCAAUGGACUACGCCAAGCAUCAUUACUACUGGACAUUCAAGGCUGCUGUGUUUUGCUCCUACCCGUGCGUUGUUGUCUCUUUGACGUGCUCGAGCAGCUUUCAAGCAGUCCACGCUGGAAGGCCUACAUGCGAGAUGCAAUGCAUCUGGUACCACCUCAGAGCCACUGGCAGGAACCUGUGGAGACAUUUAGAAAAGAAGCAGAGCAAGCUGGCAUGGAAGUGAGAAAUGUUAAGCUUGACACCACGAAGGUUACCUUUAACAGCAGUAGCCAAUUUCAAGGAGCUGAAAGCCAGGCGAGUUGGUGCGGAUUCAUCAUGUUCACUUCGUUCUUGUCCUUUGUCUUUCUCUUGCACUGCAGUUAAUAAUGAUAAAGAGCCUCAAAUCCUCUGAAAAAAUUGGGGCUGUAUGACUACAAGGGUAUACGAAAUAUUUGCAUAAUUUCUGGAUAUGAAAAUGCAAAGGGUUAGAUAUAAUCUUGUAUGCCAGUUCAUGGUCUUUCCAUAGUUUUAUGUCAUUCACAUGAAUAAGCAUUGGCUGCUGAAGAGUGUAGCUUGUUUUUUGUAUACCCAGGGACAGUCAUGCUUUGAUAUCUCUAGGGUAAAAGAGAAAAAUAAUUUUUUUCUCACUGCCACUGAUCAGCUGGUCAUAGUGGUUCUAUCUCUAGAGAUACAAGAGUCUGGACUUAUGAAGAAUGCCGAAACAGUGGCUCUCUCCUGUGAAUGUAUCAGAGAGCCCUUGUACACAGCUAAAGGUAGAUUCACAUGAUGGACAGAAUCACAGUUCAUUUUGCAGACUAAGCAUAACAUGGUUCAGUGGCACUAAAUCGUGUAGCACAUAAGGGCACCACAGUUUAGCUGCUUGUGGUGCGACUCGGUGCCACUAAGCCACAUGACACUUGGGUCUACAGAAUGAAAAAUCGACUGUGUUUGUUGCACGAAUCUAUCUUUAGGAGAGCAGAGGACACUGGAGCACAGUUGGGGGUGCUCAAGCUAUUAUGGCGAAAAGCAGAUAGUUGCUUAAACUACAUAGUGCCAUUAAUUUUGCUUGUUUUAUGGAUAUACAAGGUAGAACAAACUAAGAAAGCUGGCAACACUUAAUUUUACAAGUUAUCAAUGUGUACCAAUGCACUGCUGCACUUAAUCUUUAAGCAAUUUUGGAAAAUAUGUGAUUUGUAUGUGCUAUGAAUAGGGACUGAGCACUGAUUAAAAUUUUCAAACCAGAUGAAUUGCUACCUUUUAUUAAAUUACUUGUUUAAAUAAUUGCUUGUGUUGAUUUACAUGCACAGCAUCUGAAGGAAAGAACAAAAACAUACACUGUUUUUAAAUAUGUUUUUUUAAAGCCAUUAGUGCUGUAGAUAUGGUGGUGUUUACAACUAAUUACCUAAUUUCUUCCCUUUGUUAGAACUUUAUGUUUACUGUUUUCAUCGCCACACUCUUUAAGCCAGCUGCUUGUCCAAAGUGAUAACCAUUCCCUUUGUUGUGUUGCACUAGGAAGAGUGCUUUCUUGAAUCUGAAGCCUACUUUCUUUGAAGUAAGUACUUGGUGAACUACAAAAGUAAACAUUUGGCUUAUUUGACUCAUAUGUCUGUAGCUCGAUGAAUGGUUAGAAAAAUUAAUUGCAAUUGACAUAUAUUACAAGGCUGGUCACUCAAUUUCUCAACUCUACUCUGAUCAUGUAAGUUUGCUUGGCUCCAUUCGGCUUUGCUAUGCAUAUGUAAAAAGAGACUUCACUGACAGCAAUGGCUUCACAUUCCCUAUAACUGUCUUUAUGGGCAUGAAAAAGUUCAGGAACCCUCAUUUGAGAACCACUGCAUUAAAGCAAUCUAUCCACUCAAAUAGAAAAAUGAACUAAUAAACAUAUUUAUUUAUUUAUUUAUUUAUUUACCCUCAAGGCCAAAGCCAUUGCAGAGAGGAGUGGUAAUAAAUACAAAUAUAAAGACAACAGCAAGAUAGAGAGAGCAGUAAUAACAAUUGAAAAUGGGCAUGUACUUAAACAGUGGUGCUUAGUGGCUCGCAAGAACGUUGGUUAUCAAUGAUUGAUGCAAUGUCAGCAGGAAGGUGUUUCCACUUGAUUGCUGUGCACGGAAGAAAAGAUUAGGAAAAUGUUUUCGUUUUACAAAAUGGAAUACCUAUCUUAUGGUGAUGAUCAAUGCGAUGGGACAUAUAUUACGGUGAUAGAAUAAAUUUGUUGUGAAGAACGGUAUGGUAGUAUAUCUUAUGAAAUAAGUUCGAGCAGCCAAUUUUUCUACGCGCUGCUAGAGAUGGAAGGGAAAGGCUGGCUUUCAUGGCUGUUAUGCUAGCAGUGCGAUUGUAGUUAGAAUGAAAUGAGUCGAGUUAUUCUGAACAAGUUCCAAGGCAAUGAUUAAUUUUACAUGCAUAGGAUCCCAUACAUAAGCAGCAUAUUCAACCUUUGGUCGUAUGAAGGUUUUAUAAAGUAUUAGUUUAAUGGAAGAAGGAAUGGUGGAAACUGUUUGACUUAGUGAGAAGCAAGUGCACUUCAGUAUAAAACUUAGUCAAUGGAUGUUCAAGUAUCCUUGAACAAGGUAAGAAAUUAAAAUUAUUUGAGAAAUUUGGUUGCAUAGAAGAACCCCUGUCUCAAAAUAAGGUGUAGUUCAGAUUUGUUUGAAUGUCCAUCAAAAGUCAAUGUUCAGUUUUAUUCUUAAUCGGGCAUCAUGCACUGCUAAUAGUUAUUCCACGUUCAAGGUAGUAACUUUUGCUCCUUUUCACUCGAAGUCAACAAAACAUUUUGGUCUUUAUAGCGUGUACAAACAUUUCCCCUCAUUCUUUAUUACUUCUUCAAAACAUUAUCUGUACUUGCUAAGGUAAUUGAAGUUGUCUUUUAAUGCUAGCAUACUUGGUAUAGUAGUGUUAACAUAAAUACCACUUUCAGUUUAUGCUAGUAGGGCAAGUAAUUUCAAUGAUGGGUCAUGUCAAAUAUGCUUCCAUCAGAGUUGUCUAGAAGCGAAGAAAGCUGCCAUUUCUGCUAUGUGCAGAGUUCCUCAGCUGGGCCAUCCCAUUCGUAGCACGCAUUCCAAUGGAAAACAGGCAGGCAUUCCUGGAUGAAGCAUUGGCAUUGAGUUUCGAGCGAGGUGUGCAAAUGACAUCGAGUGGCAAGCUCCAGCUUUCAAUCACACUCCUGAGUACCCUUUGCACUAAAGUGCGAAACAGUUGAUCUGAAUGAAGCGUGAGUAUUCUGCAAGGAGUGCUGGCUCUUUAAACAUGACACUCAGCUGAUGCUGGGAUCCUGGCGAUACUGUGCCAAGUACAGAAGGGAGACUACAUAUUUUGUGCCACCGUAAGCAGCCCUUAUGUUGUAUAUUUCUCAGCUCACUGAAACUGGCAGUGUGAGCCAAAUAUGCAGUUAAUUAUAAGCCAAGCAACCACAUUUUCUUUAGCCCUGGAAUUGCCUAACAUUGUUCCGUGUAACUCCUCUUUGAGUUCACUGUACCUGUGUUUGGUGCUGUACGGUGAUAAGUUUGUCCCCAGUGCAGCGUAAAAAGCCAUUUAUAUUGCCAGUAUCUUAUUUUAAAACUGUUUUGAGUUUAUUUUUAUGUGAUUGUACACUUUUCGUUUGAUAAUGGUUAGUUUGUUUCCUCAUUUAAUGUGACUGUGUACUGAAGUUCCAAUUGAUGCACAUACUUUUAUUUGGUGAAAUAAGUAUGUUUUUUCAAACUUAGUAUGUUGAAAGCCAGCCUAUUCAAACAUUAGGAAAUUGCCAAGAGAUACAGAUUAUAAUUAUGUACUACCAACUGAGCUUAAGGUUCUAAGAAGGACUUUUUGUACAAGUUGUGUCCAUACCACCAAAGCCCCAAGCUCAGCUCCUGCUGCUUAUGUGAAGAAACAAAAAGCAGCAUGAAUGAAAAGGAAACAGCAAGGCAGGAGAACUUGGGAGGUCAGCACCAAGAAGGGGGUAAUGGGUUGAGGAUGGUAGAUAUACGCAUUGGUGUAAUCUAUUGUGAGCUGCUGAUAAUAUUUGUACAGUAAUGGAAUGCUGACCUGGACUUAAACCUUUACUGAAAGUUGGAAUAAUAAAACUGACACAAUAGUUUGCAAACAAAGACAAUACCAACCAUGGUCUACAGCAAAUAUUGCAGACUCAGAUAGUCUAUACAGUCACCAAUUCCAAGCAUCAGUGCCGACUAUUAUGACAGCUCAAGGUGUUCAAAGUAAAUAAAUUACUAGUCUGAAAUUUGCAUAAAAGAAAGUUUUAUUCCUAACAUCAAACUGAUUUUUACAGUCCUGACAAGAUCAAAUAAGGGGGAUGACUGUAGAGUGCUAUGAAGUAGAACUAUUAUAAUCUAGUGGGCAUAGAAGCAGGAAGAAGAAAAAGGUUAGUCACUGAAACCAUGACAUUAGGAAACAGGUGAUUCACAUAAUGCAGUUUGUGCCAGAAAUUCAAAACAAUACGUAACCAUUGUUAAUCAACCCUGCUUUCUUGUUCUUUGUUUUAACACAGUCUCCCACAGUCAUUGAUCACUUUUUUUAAAAACUGUUGUGACCUAUUAGAGAUUCAUUUAUGUUUUGGCAUAACAUUACAUUUUACUGCUGUAAUGGUAUAUUUGCUAUCAUCACAGCAAAUAUCUUAAAUUUUUACGUAGUGCAGAAGCACUUUUACAUUUGUAACCUAACACGUUGCAGCUCAAGUUUACCAGUUUUGCACCUCCAUAGUGUGCUUCCAAUAAGGCUUAUGUUUUGAAUCUUAUAUAUCACAGCCUCAUAUAUUGAAUUGCUGCCUUUUUUUGAGCCCCGGUAUAUCACCAGAAAUCCCACAUAAAAGUAUGGGAACAUUAUAGUAGUAUAUCAAAGUGCCACUAAUGCACAUUUGAUAUAUCACACCAGGUCCUUCUUUGGCAGGCUGCCCGUGAGUACCUGUCUUGCUGCCUCCAUGAUCAGUUUUGACAGGUGGAGGCUGACUUAAAAUGACAGUGCGGCUACUCUGUCCGUAUCAUGUUGAGCUGCUGGUCAUGCAGCUCUAGCCACACGAGGCCUAAUAGCACAUAAUAAAGGGUUGGAGAGCUCAAAAACAAGUAUGGACAGAUAUGUCGGUGGCAGGUGCUUUGGACUAGGUGACUAGCCCAUGUGUACGCAGUGUUUAUGCAUUUCACUUGCGGUACUGCUUUAUUAAGGCCAGUUUUACCAGCUAACAUGAACCUAUGAUGUGUGAAUCAAGUUCCCCUAUCAGAGAUGAAAAAGUAUUUAUGUUAACACGUAAUCUUGACAGUAAAUUUCAGUACAUCAGGCUAUUUUGCGCUCCUCUCUAAUACAUUUAGAUUUGACUUAUUACUAUUCCUGCAAUCACAGUUAUGAUGAGGUAGCUUCCACCUACAAUGGUGAAUCUGCUGGUUGCCAUAGUCUAGUCAGGGUUAUAUAAUUAAAUUGUGAUGCCAAAUACUUAACAGGAGAGGCACCCUUGAAGUCUAUAACAGUAUGUUUUUGGAAGGGCAGUUCUCACCACUUUCAUAGCUUCUGCCAUUUGUACCACUGUGUAGUUUACAAUAGUUCACAUGGCAUGUUUCAUCAGUACUUUCUGCAUAGGUGCAUUCUGCAAGAACUACGCUCCUUAAAGCUGAAGUAGCUCAUAUGCAAGUUUGCACUUUGAAGCACUGGUAUUGUGGCUAUGGUUUGAUUGUUUUCAUAACCCUGUAAUUCAGGAAAAGGUGCAACAUAAUGUGAACUAAGUUGCAUGUUUACCCAGCUGUUUUUCCAUGAACUCUAAUUUUCAAGAGAUGUGAAAAUGAGAAAUAACACUAAUGCAAUGUAGAUGCAAUUUUGUCAAGGUCAUGUCAAAGCCUUAUAUUCUUGUAAAGAGGGGUAUUUUUCUAUGAUUGUCUACUUCAUUAAAUUUUAAGGAUUACUUUCCUGGACAAUCUCUUUUUUGUUUCUGUGGUUCCACAACCAAACCUGAAAUUUUUGGCCUAGAAAGCAUGCAUCACUAAUGACAUUUGCUUAUAUAGGCUAAACAUACUGUAGCAGCAUCAGUCACUCCUUUAUAACGGCUGUCUCUCUUAAUAUUGUGUAUAGUGCAUUGCACACAUUUAUAAGCAAUAUAUGUAUAAUUGGCCAUUUUGGUGCGUGUGCAGCUACAUUGAAACUCAAAAGUGGUCGUCACAACAGGAUCCAUUUCUUCUCAGUUAUUGAGUGAUAUCUAUGUGCUUCUGUGUUCAAAUAUUGAUGUUUUUAUGAAAUAUGUGACUUGCCUACUACCAAAAUUUUAAGUACUUGUCCAUUGAAAGUUAAUGCUAUAGGUUUGAAGUAGCUUUUAUCACAUGUUUGUAUGGUUGACUAACAGCAAACCUUGUCAUUGCAAAUGCUCAGUCCUUGUAUCUUUCUGCUUCCUUAUGAUCACAAUGUGUGUAAGAGAUGCUAUUGCAGAUAUAUAUAUUUUUUCUUUUACACAAAGCAGUUUGUUGCAAGUGUGCGAUAUUGUACUGAAAAUACAAUGUAACUGUGGCUACCUGUGAUUGAGCUCGCACUUAAAUCUUUGUUCAGAAGUGCUUGACAUGUGCAGAAUUGUUUUAAAAGUAGGCAUAAAAGACACAGCCAUGAGAGGGACAAAAAGAACCGCCAGAAACACCAUUUUCAUGUCUGUGUCUAUACGCCUGCUUUUAAAAUCAUGAAUGCUUACUAUCUUGUUAAGUUUUCUGUUGUUUUUGGAGUGGAAUAAAGCUGCUUUGAAAAGUU